UUUAUACUAUAGACUGUUUGAGGUUGAAAGCGCGAACCCCACGAGUUACUUCAGCGCCCGAAUGUGUAAUACCAUCGCAAGGAACCGAAGGCAAGGCAAGUCAACAGAUGGUGAGAAAUCGUUUAGGACUCCAUGAAAACUAGACAGAGAUUUGAAAUAAUACCUCGCGUGGUGGACACAUCCCAGCGAAGGAUCAUUUUAAACGUCGGAGGACUAAAACAUGAGACUUAUCUGAGCACGGUCAAAAACUACCCAGAUACCCGACUGUACUGGGUCGUGGAAAACGUUACGAAAGCUAUCGAUUAUGACUCGGAAAAAAUCGAGCUGUUCUUUGACCGACAUCCAGGGAUAUUCGAGCAAGUUUUGAACUACUAUCGUACAGGUAAACUGCAUUGCCCGCACGAUGUUUGUGGUCCACUGUUCGAGGAAGAACUCGCGUAUUGGGGCAUUGAUGAAAAAGAAAUGGAACAUUGUUGCUGGACUUCUUACACUCAGCACAGAGAAGCAGAGCAUAACUUAAAAAGUUUUAAUGUCACUGACGGUGACCAGGAUCAGGAUACAGAUUUGGAAAGCGAUAGAAUGGAGGAUUCAACUCCUGCAAGAGACUGCGGCCGGCCUUUCACCUGGUGGACGAAGUAUCAGCCUAAGAUUUGGCCAGUUUUGGAAGAGCCCCAUUCUUCUAAAGCUGCUAAGAUAUUUUCAAUUAUCUCGAUAACGCUGAUCCUACUGUCCGUGGGCACAUCAUGUGCUCUAACUCUCCCCCAGUUCUCUAAGCAGUCAAGAUCAGCCCAAGGUUCCGCAGCCCCUGCAAAGGAUCACACCACGGUAGCAAUUUUCACUACAAUUGAUUUCUUCUGCGGUAUCUGGUUCACUUUAGAACUAUUGUUAAGGAUUAUCUUUUGCCCAAGACGACGCGUCUUUUUCCGAAUGGUGACCAACUGGAUCGAUGUCUUGUCAGUGAUGCCGUUCUAUAUUCGUAUUCUCGAUUCCGACCAUGGAUCGGCGAUUGCCGAUGCACUUCUAAUGAUUAGACUUCUUCGACUUUUCCGCUUCUUUCGAUUGCUCUACGGUCUUCAGAUACUGUUGCACACGUUAAAGGCAAGCUCGUACGAGCUGGGACUUCUGUUAUUGAUCUUGUUUAUACCAGUUGUUUUAUUCUCAUCGAUCAUCUAUUACGUAGAGCGUACCAUGGAUAACAUCCACACUAAAUUUCGCUCAAUCCCAGAAUCCUUUUGGUGGUCACUUAUCACGAUGACCACUGUUGGCUAUGGCGACAUAACGCCAAAAACGUGGCUGGGGAAAAUUAUAGGAGGAGCAUGCGCAAUUUGUGGCCUUCUUGUGAUAGCCCUUCCAAUUUCCAUAAUUGGAAGCAAUUUUAACCUUUAUUAUGCGCACGCUCAAGCGAGGCUUAAACUUCCGAGACGAAAAAAUAAAGUUCUGUUAAAUUCUAUAACUUCAGAUUUUUCGAAUCGCGGAAAUUCCUCUGGUGUCAGGCGUAGGGGAUUACGUAUUCGUAGUAAUGUCAGCUAUGAACCUAGAGAGGAUGACAGUUUAGUGUCUGGCAUGUUUACCAGUCAUUCAUCUCGGCAAAAUAGCCUUGCAAGGCAAAGUCCUGGUGAGGUGAAGCGAAACUCGACUGCCUGGAGUAUUCCGUCCAGCAAAUCGGAUAACGAAGGAAAAACUUCUCCAACAUCAACAAGGCCGACCAGAGAACGUAGAAUAAGCCGCAAUGAGAGAGGGGCUCCAAAACUUGGAGAUCUUCCCGAAAAAGAUGAAACAGAAGAAAACGAUUGUCAUGAUGAUAAACAUCAAGUUCCAAAGCAAGAGUUCAUCCCGGAAAACAAUUAUAGGAACAGUCUAGGUGUUCCAGGUGUUUCUAAUGUCAUACCCAAAGAUCGCCUGCCAGUUUGGAUAGCAGAAAACGGAAGAACUCCACGUCUAAGAUCCUUCAGUGUUCCGUCGAACUCAAACACGCCUUUCCCUGAGGCACCUCCACGCAAAACGCAGUCUCAAAGCUCUAAUAUCUGUGAUCGAUGCUCUCUACCGAGAGACACCCAAAGCAUCCGUAGAGAAGAAAACAGAAAAACAUCAUCUGGAGAAGUUUGUUGUUGCACAGAAAAAGAUGGACUACCUCGAGGAUCGAGAAAUAACUCAACGUACACGAUAUUCAUACCAGGAGUUGAUGAAGGUGUACAAGUUAGUACAGAAAGCUUACCAUCCUGGAGCAGGGAACUUCCUUUCGAAGGACUCUCGCCCAUACAGCUUAAUGUUGUACCCCGUUGGCGGACAAGAAGAUUUUCAGACGAAGGCAGCGAACCAGAUAAUCUAAAUGAAACUGACGAGCAAGAAACUCUUGUUAGUGAGUUAAGCGACAGCAGACCUGUUUUGGAUGGGAAAAAGAAAGAACCAAAUAAACACCCGCCCAUGCUAUAUUUAGAUAUGCCAAGGAGACAUGGAAAUACAAAUGAAAAUGAAACGUCAAUUUAAUGGAACGAAGUGUCGUAGAAAUUGAAAGCAGAUGGAAAAAUAGCUGCUGAAAGGCAGCUUGGACGGAGCUUGUUGGAGCACAUGAACAAAUGUGCAUCUCAAUUCCUUAAGGGUACGCCGAAGGGAGCACUCCCUCCUUUGAUCCGUCAAACAAGUAUGGAAAUCAUGGUCUUGAGUAGUAAUUACAGUCUUUAUACAGGAGGUGGCCUUAAUCAGUAGGUGCUUUUCAGGCAAGGUCCUAUUUUUAAAAACUAAAAACUAAAAUCUAACAACUAAAACUAAUAAUUAACAAUUAUUCGC